AUGUUUUGUGUUCCGCUUUAGAUUUCGGUGAAGGCUUUGUUCCAUUCGUUUGGGGACAAUGAUGAUUUUUCUUUAUCUAUGAGAAUUUGGAGGAAAGAUUGAGGGAAAAAUCAGCUUUUGUGCUUGAUCUUAUUCAGCGAUUUAGGGUUAGGACAGUGUGCUUGGUUAAGGUCCUUCUCACCAUCAAAAAAAUGGUGGCUUUCUCGGGAAAAUGUCUUGGAACUUUUUUCGGAACGAUAAGCACGUUAUGUUUCCGCGUUAUACUUGCAUGUAUGAAAGAAUGUGGUGCAAAAGUCAGAAAUUUUUUAUUAUUAUGAUCUGCAAAUAUGUUUUCUGCACAGAACAAGAUCCGCAAGGACAAGGAUGUGGAAGCUACUGAGUUCGAGGAGCAAGUUGCUCAGGCUCUGUUUGAUGUGGAGAAUACAAACCAGGAAUUGAAAAGUGACUUGAAAGAUCUGUACAUUAACCAAGCAGUUCAAAUGGAUAUCUCAGGAAACCGCAAGGCUGUUGUGAUUUACGUUCCGUACAGAUUGAGGAAGGCUUUCCGUAAGAUUCAUCUCCGCCUUGUUAGGGAGCUGGAGAAGAAGUUCAGUGGCAAGGAUGUUAUAGUGGUUGCCACCAGAAGGAUCUUGAGACCUCCGAAGAAGGGAUCUGCUGUUCAAAGGCCACGCACCAGAACUCUGACCGCUGUCCAUGAAGCCACGCUCGAGGAUGUUGUGUUUCCUGCCGAGAUUGUCGGGAAGCGCAUCAGAUUCCGUCUCGAUGGCUCCAAGAUUCAGAAGGUCUUUUUGGACACGAAAGAGAGGAACAACACCGAGUACAAGCUCGAGACAAUGAUGGGCGUCUACCGGAAACUUACAGGGAAGGAUGUCGUGUUCGAAUACCCAGUUGUUGAAGCCUGAGGAGAUGAAUUUUGUUUUGUUCUUUUUUUGUGGGAUAGGUAGCUUCUGAUUUCUGGUUUGGUGGCUUUAGGCAGGGUGGAGGGAAUUUUCUUGAACUAGUCCUUGUUUCAGUGCUUCAGAUUUCGCAGUUCUAAGUAUUCGUAUCAACACGAGUUAGGCUUCUUUGUGUCUUCUCCUUUA